AUGAGUCAUAUUCCUCUAACAAAAGCACACAAAGAUGCUAUUAAAAAGAUUUUAAAUAUUCUUUAUAACGCGGUUGAUGAGAGUGGUCGUUCUAUAUCUAAAAUAUUUGAAGAAUUACCGGAUAAAAAAGAAAUCCCUGACUAUUAUGAAGUGAUUAAAAGGCCUAUGGCGUUAAAUAUUAUUAAAGAAAAUAUAAAUAAAAAUUUGUAUAAUACAUUCCAUGAUUUCAUAACUGAUGUGGCUCAAAUAUAUUAUAAUGCUAAAUUAUAUAAUCGUCGUUCAUCUGUAAUAUACUCUGAUGCUUGUUUAAAUGAAAUGAUCAUCGUAAAGGAACUAUCUGCUUUAAAAGAUAAAAAACUUGUAGAUGAUAGUAUACUCCCUGUUCUUGGGCCAUUGCCUCCAAGUUCUCCGGGGGAAGAGAAAUCUGAUGAUGAUGGCUUUGAUCCUGAUAUUGAAGACAAAAAUGAAGAAGAUGAAGAGGAUGAAGAUGAGGACGAUGAAGAUGAUGUCCGUCAUAAAAGAAGACGAAGAGAAACUAGGAUUAAGUCCUAUGAGCCUCCUAAGGUUAUGAGAUUUGAUACUGGUGAUAUAAAAAGAAAAAGAGGCCGUCCUCCAAAAGUAGAUACACCUGAUGAAGCUAGAAUGAAAAUUGUUUUGCGUGUUAUUCGGAAAGAGAAAGAUGAAAGGGGACGUACUUUAUUUACAUGGUUUGAAAAAUUUCCGGAUGAUAAAUUAAACCAAAGCCAUAAAAUUAAACAAUCUAUAUCUUUAGAGGAUAUUAGACAAAAAUUAAAAAGAAGGGAAUAUAAAACACUUAAAUCUUUUUUGGACGAUUUGGAUUUAUUAUAUAAUAAUAUAAAACUUAUAAGCCCUCCUGGAAGUCAUAUGUAUCGUGAUGCUGAUUACUUACAACAAGUUACACAUGAAGUAGCUUCAAUUGAAGCCUCCAGAAGAGAUAUUGAUUUUACAGGAUAUGAGAAAGAUCCAACUUCUAGUGUUGGUACAUUAAUUAAAAUUAAUCGCACUCCAUUACCUAAAAUUGAAAUUAAAGGCGAAGCUUUAGAAAUUGGUGAUUGGGUUCAUUUAAUAAAUCAUAAUGAUGCAAAUAAACCAAUUAUUGCCCAAAUAUUUAGUUUAUGGGAAAAUUUAGAAGGAGAAAAAUGGAUAAGCGUUUGUUGGUACUAUAGACCAGAACAAACAGUUCAUAGAGCAGAUCGAAUAUUUUAUGAAAAUGAAGUUAUGAAAACUGGACAAUAUCGUGAUCAUCAAAUUAAUGAUAUUAUUGAUAAAUGCUUUGUCAUGUUUAUUACUAAAUAUAUAAGAGGAAGGCCUAAAGAUGCAGGAAAUAAACUAAUUUAUGUUUGCGAGUCUCGGUAUGAUGAAGAAACAAAAAUGUUUAAUAAAAUCAAAAGCUGGAGAGCAUGUAUUCCUGAUGAAAUUAGAAAUAAAGAGUAUGAUAUGUAUUAUUUUGAAAGGCAACAGCAACCGAAGAAAGUACUCAGUCCUAUUUUGCAUCUUUUACCAUCAAAAGUAAUGGAGGAUCCUAAUGCACCUAUACCCGAACCAACUCAAGGAAAAGAAAAUGCACCACCUAUUAUUGGUGCGAUCAUUCCAGCGCCAAUACCAGAUGAAUCAACACUCAAUCCGCCGGAGAUUUUUAUACCAUCUAUAGUAUCAGCUCCUAUAAUUCCACAAAAACCUAUUAUUCCAUCUUUAGUAACGCAAACACAUACAUCUGUCGUGAUUAAUCCGAAUAAUCAACCACAAAACAGUCGCAAAACACAUAUUCCAUAUUAUCCUCCAGUUGCUUUUACAUUACCUGUAGUAGAUUUGAAUUCUGAAAAUACUCAAUCUGAGAAUAUUGAUAUUUCUGAAAAUGAUCUAGAAAAUCCAAAUAAAGAGAAAAACAAUGAAGAUAUUAAUAAAAAUAUAAAUAAAAGUAUAAAAGACAUUAAUAUGAAAGAUGAAAUUGAGAAAAUAAAUGAAAACAAUGAUAAUUCAAUAAUUGAAAGUGAAGAAAAGGCUGUUGAAAAUAUUAAAAGUGUGAAAAAAAGUAAUAAUUUUUCAGAUGAAGUAGCUGCACUUUUUUCUCGAGAUGAACAAGGCCGAGUAUUAUGGUUUCCUGUUCCACCAAUAGAUGUUGUUUCACCAACAUUAGAAACAUUUGUCGAUGGUAGAAGUCUUGCGUACUUAGCAAAUGUUUAUAAUAUGAUGGAGAAUCAUAAUGAAGAAUUUAAAAAAGAAAAAAAACAAAAACUUAACAUUAUGAAACCUUUAGAUGAUUCUAAUUUUUCAGAAUUUCUUAUUAAUGCAUUAAAUACUAUGACACAAAACAUAAAAUCUAGUAUUCAUUAA